AUGGAAGAGGAGAAAAGAGUUAACGAGGAGAUAGGAAAAGAAAAGUGCAUAAAGGAAACAAACAAGCCAACGGGGGACGAUGAAUGUGUUCCAGGUACGAUGAAAAAACAAAUGUAAAAAGAUUGGUCAGUUUAAAAUAUACAGGAUUUUACACUCAAUUGACAAUACUCUGUACCCAUUAACUGUCUCUUAUCAAUAUUUCCCGCACUUCAGCUACCAUGAGUGCUCAGGCGAUGGUGUAUUAAUCUAUAAAGUAAUAGUAUAGAUCAAUAUUUCAAGACCUUUGAUAUAUCAAAAAUAUUUAUCCAUCCGUUUUGAAAUAUCCAAUGAUAUUCACAGGGAAUGUACUGCAAACUGUAAUGUCUUUUUAAUAAAAUUACACAUGAUGUGUUAUUUACAAACCAUGUUAUUGUUUCAUAUAACUGGGUGGGAUGGGAAGAUUCGUAAAGGGGUUCUGGGGUAAUAGAGAAAUUAAGCUGUUUUUUGUGUUAUGAUGAAGUGGAGGCUAAUAUUAUGUGUUAAAUCUAUAAGGAGGAAGUAGACAGCCUGUGGUUGAACCAAAGAAGCCACCACCAUUUCAAUUCCAUAAAGUGCUGGGACAAGGCAGCUUUGGAAAGGUGAGUCUAUGAGUAAUGUACACAUCUUAUUUAAUACUCUAUUGAUCUAGCGGAGAACAAUUAUAACUUCUCAUUAUCAUCAUAUUCCAAUAACAACUAAUUGGGAUUUCAUUUAUUAAUCUUUUUAAUAUGUAUGAUCCAUGAAUGUGGAAAAUAUAAUGACACGUACAAAGUUUUUAGAACAUUUUAUCGAGACUUCAAAUAAAAUACCCAGGACUCUUCUAUUCUGUGAUGUUUAACAUGUCUUCUUAUAGUAACAGUUCUAUUAAAUCUUUCUGUCUUUCUCUAAGCUUUCAUCAUUCACAACAGAAUACCAUAUAUAGGUCUCAAUUUAGUAUUUUGGGUUAAGCUUUAAAAAUAAUCACAAAUACCUGGUUUUAAAUGAUUUAUCUACAGAUUUAAUCAUUAAAGUUUUUUGGAAUUUGUUGUAGAUAAAUCAUUUGUAAAUUCAGUUUUGCUAGCAGAGUGUUCUCGAUCCAUAUAUGUAUCGGUUAUAUAGCAAUCAUAGAUAGGUUGAGGGUUCCAGAGCUCUGUAUGUAUAUAUAUAUAUAUAUAUAUAUCCCUUAUAUAGGGUUCUGAGGUAGGUCCCAGAGCUAUGUAUGUGUAUAUUCAUUAUAUAGGAUUCUCAGGUAUGUUUCCAAGCUCUUAAACAGGGUUAAUAGCAGGUCCCCAAACCCUCUAAAUACAUCCCUCAGUUACAAUGUUACAAAAUGAUAUCUGUAAUAUGUGUCCACUAUUUAAAGGAAGUUUUAAAACAAAAGAAGCUGAGAUUCCGACCUUCUUUUGUGACAUUGUCGCUGAUAUGGGGCUCUCUCUCCUCUGUCUAUGUGAUGUUUAGGUGCUGCUUGCUUCUACCAAGGACACAGGUCAGUUUGUUGCCAUUAAAGUAAUAAUGAAAGAUAAAGUUGAGGAUAAGGCCAUUCAGAAGGAGAAGCGAAUACUGCAAAUGGCGAGAGGAAGUCCAUUUCUAUGUCAUGGACUUACUUCCUUCAAGACCCAGGUAUGAAACCCCAUGUCCAUAAUGUUUCCUUAUUUCUAUAUAUUUCUAUAUGGCUGAUUGUGUUCUUCUUAUAUUAUUGCAGUAUAUAUUAACUGGAUAUUUGUUGUCUCUCUUAUUAAACAGAAGUAUGCCUCCCUGGUCAUGGAGUACAUAUCAGGGGGCAGUCUGCAAUCCUACAUGACUGGGAAGAAAUGUCUGUCCAUGGAGGAAACAAGGUGAGUCAAUAAUAGCUCUAGCAGGUAGGGGGGGGGGAAGAAGUGAGUUUAACACAUGAUACAGGAAUGUAAGAGGUGAUGGAUAUAACUCCGUAUUAACAUAUACUCUCUAUAGUACUGAUAUCCAUAAAGAUCCAUCAGGGAUACAUGCUGGGUUAACACUAAUGUACUAAACAGAAUUUCCUCAUUAAUAUAAGCCAGAUAAUGGGCAAUGUAAAAACCCCAGGACUAGCACCGGGAUGCGUUCUAUAUGGAUUGACGUACGGCAGAUCGGGAGCCGCUAUGAGUCAACUGACCUGCUGCAACCCUAACCUGACUCCAGUGUGUGUCUCUUUCUAUACUGAAUGCUGCUUCAAACACUCAUUUCUAUUACCAUAGAUCUUCUGAAUAAAAAUUACAUCCCUAUAGAUUGGUUUGUACAUCUAACAAACAGAAAGGGACUCAAAGAAUCAUAGAGUGGAUUGUGCUUUAUGGCAGAGAACUGAGAAGGGUUAAGUGGGUAAUAUACAAGAGACAGUCUCUUACCUCUUGAGUAAAACUAAUUUAAGAAUCAUGUUUUCUAAUUUCAAAAAUGAUGGAUUUAAUAAUAAUAUUAAUAAGAAAUAAUACUAUUAUUAUUUAAUGUAAAUAAAUUAAAAUUGUAUUAUUACAGUUAUAUAAAAAAUAAAUGUACUAAUACAAAUUUCCCAUGGACAGGCCCUGUUUGAUUUAAAAUAAAAAUGUUAUGUAUAUGUUGGGAGCCGAGUGUUUAGUAUGAUGUAUAGAUACUUGUAUAAUACCUGCAUAGUGCUGACAUGUCACAUUACCAUGUUAGGUGCAUUAUACAUAGAAAUACAGUUUACCAAUAAAAAUGUUCUGCUCUGUUAUAUGUUAUUUUAAUAAUAAUAUUUUGGGCAGAUUGCUUUAUGAUCUUUGUAUUCUUUUUUCCAGGUUCAUUUCAGCAAACCUUGUCUGUGGGAUCCAGUACCUCCAUUCCGGCGGGAUCCUUCAUAGGUCAGUAUUAGCGUUUGUUUAUUUAGAAAGCGCUAAUGUACUCUAAUGAGAAAUAAUGUAUUUAUAUCUCUGCUCUCUCCUUUAUUUCACAUUUAUAUCUGUCUUCAUUAUAUAGGGAUCUGAAGCCAGCCAAUGUUCUCUUUGAUGCCAAGGGCUAUGUCAAAAUAGCAGAUUUUGGCCUCGCGGUAGAGAAUGUCUUUACAGAUAAAACCAUCAAAGGACUAGCUGGCACACUCAAGUAUAUGGCGCCAGAGGUUAGUUAGAGGGUGUGGUUAUGUGAGCAGUUAAGGGGAGUUGUAUAAGAGCAAUAUAUGUUUAAUGAGUAGUAGGGAGAUGAAUAACACGAGCUGGGAAUGAGGACAGUAUCAGAGUAGCAGUGGGUGGACUAAGAGGAAUGUGAUUAGACUAGCUGGAAUAAAAUUAUGGGAUUAUAUUAAAAUCUGCAAGAUAAUCAGAGAACAGUUAGAAACUAAAAAACAAUAUCAAUGGGAGUACAUUUAAUGCUAUGACAACGUUAUCACUAUUUACUAAGGUUUUCUCUUCAAUAUAACUAUGGCAUACACAUUUUAGGCCACAACAGUUAUAUAUAUAUUUACAUUUUUUACACAAAAGUUUCAGAUGUACUUCCCAUUUAUAGAGCUGCAGAGCUCAAAAAUUCCUUUUUAGACAUUUCCAAUUUUUGUUUUUGUUUCUGUCCUUACAGAACAGAAUAGUGUGUAUGUUCAAUGUCCAUAUUCCAAAAUGUAUUCUAAGAUUGGUUGUGCUUUCUGAAUGCAAUAUACUCCAUGUUUAUAACUGAAAAAAUAGUUUAUUUUUUUUGUUAUAAUUUAUUUGACAUAUUGAAACUUCUUUAGUCUUAUUAGUUUCUCGGUUUUGUAAAUUACACUGAAAAACAAAAUGGUUUAACGGAAUGAAACAAAAUAAAAGCGGUAAAUCUGCCAUAAAAAUAAAAUAAAAAAAUCUGCAAGAUAGACUGUGACAGGUUUGGUAUGAGUUUUUGGAAAUAUCACUGACAAUAAAUAUAGUGAUGAUGAGUACAUUUAAUACCAUAUUUACAAAAAAAAUACAUAUCUUAUGUGUUUUGACAGAUACUAAGCGGCAAAGAGUAUGGCCAAUCAGCAGACUGGUGGUCAUUUGGCGUAAUCCUCUACCACAUGCUCACCGGGAAGACUCCAUUCAAUACCAAGAUCAGCAAAAUGGAAUAUAUAAAGGAACUGUUAAACACUGACCCACGUUACCCAACCUGGCUGUGUAGUGAUCCUACAGACCUCCUGAACAAGGUAAAGAAUAGGCUAUUAUAGGAGCAGAUACAUUGCAAGGUAAUAGAGAAUGGGCUGGUUAAUGUUUUAAUUGGAUAUAAUGAUAGAGGUUGUAAAGUAACCCAAAAGAAGCUGCUGGAGAAGUUAUGGGAAUAGAUAUGUACCUACAACGUACGGAAAAGCAGAGAAGCCAUUUUGUGAUUCUAUUGGUCUAGACAAGAGGAAAUCUUUACUAAAAGAAAUUGUAAAGAAUUAGUUACUGGUCAGUCAAAUAAAUGAGAUUUGUGUUAAUGUAACAAUUUACAACAAACUUUUCACAACCACAGCCUCAUCUGAAUCUUGUCAUAUGGUUAAAACGGCUUCAUUCAGCAGUGGUGAUUGCUUUUAGUAUGUGUUAUGUACAUUGUACAUCAAAAUGUUACAGUUCAGAGAGAUCACAAAGUAAGUGUAUUAUACUGAGUGUAUCUUCUCAAUCUCUCUCUUACUAGAUCCUGGAUAAGGACACUCAUGCACGCGGAGUGGCAGGGAGGAACAUCCGGCAGCACCCCUUCUACAAAGAUAUUAAUUGGGAAGAUCUAGAGAGGGGUAAAGUGAGCUGCCCAUUCCUGACAUUGCUAGUAAGUGCACAAAUAAUUAGUAUUUAUAAACUGAGGAGGGAUUAUACAGAAUAA